UGCAAUGACGCCCAGUUCUGCAACCUACCAUCAGGAUCGUGACGGUGUCGAGGUAUAAAUACUAUAUGUUUCGAGGAUAACGGUAUCAUUGUGCAGUAUUCUUUCCUUCAAAACGUACAAAGCUUGAGCUUUAUUGUCGACAUGGCUUUUAAGAUCGUAGGAAUUUUGGCAUUGGCCUCGGUUGCAAGUGCUCAAAGUGGAAUCGGGUACUAUGGACACCAUCUUCAAAAGCAGCAUCAGGCAGUGGUAGAACACCACCAACCAGAAGCGCAUCAUGUAGAAGAACAACAUCACGAGGUCAGUCAUCAUCAGCCUCAGAUUCAGGUGUACCAUCAGCCAGAAGUGCAUUACCAGCCGCAACAUAGCCACCACCACCAGCACGAGGAAGAACAUCACGCGCCAGCUCAUUACCAGUAUCAUUAUGGUGUCCAUGAUGACCACACCGGAGAUGUUCACGGUCAGCAGGAAUCUCGUGAAGGAGACAAAACUGAAGGCGAAUAUUACCUGAUCGAUGCCGAUGGCCACAAACGGACCGUGACGUACCAUGUCCAUGGAAAGAGUGGUUUCAUUGCUCAAGUGCAUCGUGAGCCAGUAAAGGGUCACCACCAGCAGGAACAGCAUCAUCAUCAGCAACAGCAUAAUGACCACCAUAAUCAAUACCAACAGCAUUAUCACCAUUAAAGAUGGCUACUAGAAAUAAAAUAAUUAGGACAAGUUACCAUAUAGAAGAAA